AUGCCUCCUAUACGCGGAAAAAGGGGCCCAGAGCUUGACUGCCUAACGAGAGCUAAGAUCUGUGAAUUACAUACUACCAAUGGCUGGGGUGCAACAACAAUCAAAAAGAGGCGAUUUCCAGACAUUCCACGCUCAACCAUUCAAUAUACCCUAACCCAAGAAUCGAAGCGUAUAAAGCAGGAGACUUUAUCCCGUACUGGCCGCCCUAGGAAGCUUACCGACGAAGAUCGUGAUCAUAUAUACGAUACUAUACAGCAAAACCCGUCAAUUUUGGUCGAAGAUCUACUCGCAGAGGUCGAUCAUAAGGUUAAACGCAUGGCAAUUUGGCGUCUUACCCAUGAAAUGGGCCUUCGAAAGUGGCGGAAGAUGCAGCGGCCUGCUUUAACGCCUUUACAUGCUGAAAAACGCCUAAAUUGGGCCGGAAGAUAUCAGCAAUUUACCUCUACGGAUUGGGCCCGUGUCUAUUGGUCUGAUGAAUGUACGGUUGAACGUGGUAUCGGCCAGCGUCAAGAAUGGACUUUUACACGUCCGAAAGACCAACUUUUUCAGCAUUACAAAGAGGGCCAUCAAGUACAAAUGGUUCCGGCGCGUGGGAAGCAGAUUAAGCAGAUGUUUUGGGCUGCUUUUUGCGGUUUACCGCGUCGUUCUGGCCUAAUUCCACUAUUCGGAGAUCCGCAGUCUCGCCGCGGUGGUGUUUCUUCUCGUACGAUUGAAGAGCUUUAUCGGCGUGUCCUACCUACGCUGCUUAAUAGUAUUGAUCAGAAUGCUGUUUUUCAACAAGAUAACGCGCCGGUACACACUGCAUAUAUCGUUCGGGACGCUCUCAAUGAGCUUAACUGUGAAAUCAUGGAAUGGCCACCCUACUCGCCUGAUUUAAAUCCAAUUGAGAACCUAUGGGCGCUCCUAAAAGCCGAAAUACUAAAGCGUCACCCUGAGCUUAUGCACCUACCAAAUAACGGAGCUACGCUAGAACUACUACUUAGCGCUGCGCAAGAAGCAUGGGAGAGCCUAGAUAUUGAGAUAUUUAAGCAUCUCUCUGAGACCAUGCCCCAUAGAGUGGCUGAUGUUAUUAAAUAUGAGGGAUGGCAUACUAGCUAUUAA